ACAGAAUAUCAGCAAUGAAUUCCACACUGUCCGACAUCUUUUUAUCAGCCAGCUCCAGCACUUCAAUUUACCGUCAGCUGACGUCAUAUCCGGUCUCCGCUCCAAUAUGGCUUCCUUUAUAGCUGAAAAAAAUAAUUCAUGAUAUCUAGAGAAGAAUUAAAUGUAUUAUGUUUUACAAAGCCUGUCAGUUAACAAACUAAAAAAACGAUUCCUAUUUAUACCGGCCAAAAUAAGUUCUCAAGGGCCAGAUGGCUCCUCUGGAGAACACCCAUGCGGAGCGUUUGCUGUUCUCCCUCAACCAGCAGAGGGCGCUGGGCAGGUUCUGCGACGCUAUUCUCAACACCGGCAGUGGCAAGUGCUACACGGUGCAUCGCAACGUUUUGGCUUGUUUUAGUGAGAUCUUCCAGAACGCCUGCCCAACCUCCACGUCACACAUGGAGUACUGUCUGCCGGACGACUGCUCCUCAGAGGGCCUGGAGCUGCUCCUGGAUUUUGUAUACACGGGAAAGCUCGAACUGGACUCUGCUAACCUUGAAAAAGUUCAACGUGCCGCGAUGGGCCUGUCUAUACAGGAUGCCUUGAGGAUAUGUCAGGAGUUUGCCAGUAACAUGACAUGCCCGAAAGGACCCCAAGAUCCGAAACACGGGAAGGGUGGUGGUGAUGAGGAACACUCCCAUGGGGCUUCUCCCCAGAACACCUCCAAGCCUGACGUCCCCAUUAAGGGGAACCCAAGGCUCCGGCUAAAAUCCAAAUCUAGGCCAAAAGUGUGCAACUCUGUGCCCAGGCAACUGACUGUCACAACCACAACACGCUCCGGUCGCAGGGUCAAGGGCCCCAUUCGCUUACUCCGGGAAAGUCCCACCCCCCCAGAUACCCGAAUGAGGGAGCCGAUGUCUGUGGAGAGGGGGCCGGGUGGUGCUGAAGGAAGUGGCCAGAACUUUGAACAGGCUGUGAAUGAAUCCGAAGUGUAUCAGAAGGAGCAGCUAUCCAACGACAUUGAGGAUGAAGACUGUGGCGAGGUCGACGGGCAGCACGAGGACACUGAUGACGAGUACAUGCCCCACUCGUUGGCCGGCAUCGGCCCGGCCCCCCAGCAGGUGAAGCGCAGGCGCCGGAGAAAGGCCAUAAGCAAGGAGAAUGGCGAGCAGGCUGGGGGGGACCCCAAGCGGGGUUCUGUUCAGUGUCCCACUUGCCAAAAAACCUUCUUUAGCAAGUACUACCUCAAAGUGCACAACCGACGCCAUACCGGGGAGAAGCCCUUUGAGUGCUCCAAGUGUGGGAAGUGUUACUACCGGAAGGAGAAUCUGCUGGAGCACGAGGCCCGGAACUGCCUGAGACGGACGGAGGUGGUGUUCUCAUGCUCCAUGUGCCCCAUGACCUUCCAACGCCGCCUGGAGUUACGCCUUCACACAGUCACCCACACGGGAGAGAUGCCCAACAAGUGCUCAUCAUGCCCAGAGCAGUUUAUGCAGAAGAAAGACCUGAAGAUCCACCUGAUCAAAGUCCACGGGGCCCCCAAACCCCAUGCAUGCUCCCUGUGCCCCAAGUGCUUUUUGUCGCGCACGGAGCUGCGCCUGCAUGAGGCCUCCAAGCAUCGGGGCGAGAAGCUGUUCGUGUGCGAGGAGUGUGGCCACCGGGCUUCCAGCCGCAAUGGUCUGCAGAUGCAUAUAAAGGCCAUCCACAGGAACGAGCGGCCAUUCGUGUGCGAGUUCUGCAACCACGCAUUCACCCAGAAGGCCAACCUAAACAUGCAUCUGCGGACGCACACUGGGGAGAAGCCCUUCCAGUGCCACCUCUGCGGGAAGACAUUCCGUACACAGGCCAGCCUGGACAAGCACCACCGCACCCACACAGGCGAGCGGCCCUUCCACUGCGAGUUCUGUGAGCAGCGCUUCACGGAGAAGGGCCCGCUGCUCCGUCACGUAGCGAGCAAGCACCAGGAGGGCAGGCCGCACUACUGUCACAUCUGCACCAAGACCUUCAAGGCCAUUGAGCAGCUACGGGUCCAUGUGCGACGCCACAAAGGCAUGCGGAAGUUUGAGUGCACGGAGUGCGGCUACAAGUUCACCAGACAGGCUCACCUGCGACGGCACUCGCAGAUCCACAACCGCGUGGAGAACUACAACCCGCGGCAGAGGCGACUGCGCAACGUGGUGGUGGACGAGGAGAAGGCGACCGUGGCCUCGCCACCGCCCGACGGGGACAGCCAGCCGACGGACGACGUCAUCAGCGUCAUGAUCCAGCCCGAUACCAUCGUGGUGGAGGAGGUGGUGGCCAGCCAGGGAACGGGGCCCAUGGAGGAAGGGGAGGCUUUCAAUGUGGCCGAUGUCAUGGACCAGGCACUGCUAGCGGGCGGAACCUACCCCAUCCAUCAUCCUGUGGUGGAGCUACCUGACGAUGGGACUGGAGAUAAGAACUGAGGACAGACCAUCUGCUGGUGUCACUGGGGCGGUACAUGGGGCAGAACUUUGCAAAAAAGGGAAAAAAGUUGUUUUAAGUAAUUGGUUGCCAUGUUUGGUCCUUUUAUACAUAAUAUUGGCAGUGGUGAUAAUAAAAGGACAGUGUGCAGUGUGA